ACAUAAAGCAUUGGAUCUGACUUCAAGCUUCAGAUCUCUCUACCCAUACCAGCUCACAUAAUCACAUUCUCUUCCCUUUUAAACUCUCUGUCCGUAUAAUUCCAAGUCUUCGACAAAUUAAUUGGAACAGAGAAGCCGCAGUUAAAUUUUCAGCUGUAGAUUUGGAGAAAAGCUUCGAUUUUUCUCUGCCGCGGAGAUAAAAACGAAGAAAUGGCGGCGGUCGAAGUUCACAAGUUCGCUCAGUGCAUCACUUGUCAUGCUUGGAGCCGUGAUCGCUCCAUGCUGGCAUUUUGUCCGAACAACAGUGAAGUUCACAUCUAUGCUCUGUUGCAAGGCAAGUGGGAGAAGCUACAUGUUCUUCAGAAGCAUGACCAAAUUGUAUCUGGGAUAGACUGGAGCGCAAGGUCGAACAAAAUAGUUACUGCAUCUCAUGAUCGGAAUUCCUAUGUCUGGAAUCUUGAAGGAUCAGAGUGGGUACCAACCCUUGUUAUCCUUCGGCUAAAUCGUGCUGCACUCUGUGUUCGGUGGAGUCCAAGAGAAAACAAAUUUGCUGUUGGAAGUGGGGCAAAAACUGUUUGUAUAUGCUACUACGAGCAAGAGAACAACUGGUGGGUCAGUAAACUUAUCAGAAAAAGACAUGACUCUUCUGUGACAAGUGUUGCUUGGCAUCCAAAUAAUAUUCUUCUUGCAACUGCAUCUACAGAUGGAAAGUGCCGAAUAUUUUCCACCUUUAUUAAGGUCGUUGAUGCAAAGGAAUCAAGAACAGGCCCAUCUGCAGAUUCAAAAUUUGGAGAGCAAAUUCUUCAACUUGAUCUCUCCUUUACUUGGUCAUUUGGUGUAAGGUGGUCACCAAGUGGCAAUACCUUAGCAUAUGUAGGCCAUAAUUCUAUGAUUUACUUUGUUGAUGAUGUGGGACCUUCUCCUUUGGCUCAAAAUGUUGCAUUCCGUGAUUUGCCUCUCCGUGAUGUCUUAUUUCUUUCUGAAAGAUUAGUUAUAGGUGUGGGAUUUGAUGGCAACCCAAUGGUUUUUGCAGCAGAUGAAAGAGGAAUAUGGAGUUUUAUCAAAUUUCUGGGGGAAAGAAAGACAACAUCUUCAGGUCCAAAAUAUGGUUCACAGUUUUCUGAAGCAUUUGGAAAGCUAUAUGGCCAACCAAAACAGGGAUUCAACAAUGAUACAAAUGAGCAUUCAAGAUCACGAGGAGGGGUCCAUGAGAACUGCAUUAAUUGUAUCGUGCCGCUUGGAGAUCCAGGGAGUUCUAAAGUGAAGCGCUUCAGCACAUCGGGAUUGGAUGGAAAAAUUGUUGUCUGGGACAUGGAGAACCAAGAAGAUUUAGCGGGGUACUUGUAAACCUUCACCAGUCACCAUAAACAUAAAUAAUAUCUUUGUGUAAUAUAAGUGGACGCUGGGAAUGUUCUUUGUAUAUUUCACGUGACUGAGCAAUUGGCAAUAUUUCUAUAGAAGCCUAGGAGAAAAUAAACUGUAAAAUCAUGGUGAUUUUAGUUUUGUAUACCUCUUGUGUAUCACUACAUGUAAUGUAUUUGCCCUCUGCCAUUGCCUCGUGUGCUCACUCUAAAGAGAGGAAAAUUCAUCCCAUUUGACGUGAUCAAGAAAAACAAAAUAUUUGUUUUA